GGAGCUGUUACAUACUACUUUAAAAAGAAUUCUAUAUUUUUCUAUCAUUUAUUAUUUUUCUGUCCAGUCUUAGCCAAAGUACUUAGGUACUAUUUAUUUCAUAACAGCAGCUCAACAUCAUUUUCAUUGUUAAGUAUUUCUACUACAUUCAAGAUGGCUCCUGCUAAACAAAAGCAGAAAUGUUCUGUUGGAAGAGCUCUUAUAAAGCAAAAGGCUCGUGAAAAGAAAGAAUUCUUCUCAAAAUAUAAAGAGAAUCGUCACGUGCAUCCUAUUUCUGCUGCUGGUGUUCAUGAAGAAGCCAGUCUCAAGUCCAUCACACAGCAAACUGACCUGGCUGACUUCAUGUCAAGAAUUGAGAUCCAUCAAAUGAAUUUUGAGAAUCGUCAAUGCAAUGUGAAGGUGCAGACAGUAGAUAGAGCAGCAGGAAUCCUCACUGAAUCUGAGAAAGAGCGCAUCAACAAAGCUCAAAAGCAGCACUGGCAUGAGCUGCGCAUUCCUCGCAGGCCUGCUUGGGAUGAGAUGACUUCAAAGGAAGAGCUGCAACAGGCUGAGGCUGAAGCUUUCCGGCAGUGGCGCGUGCAACUGGAGGAGCUGUCAUCUGUGGAGGACAUUACUGUUACACCCUAUGAGAAGAAUCCUAGGGUGUGGCAGCAGCUCUGGCGAGUUGUUGAACGCAGUGACGUUGUGGUGCAGAUCGUGGACGCUCGUAACCCCCUGAUGUUCCGCUGCACUGACCUGGAGAAAUACGUCAAGGAGGUGGACCCUGAUAAGGUCAACUUACUGCUUGUCAAUAAAUCAGACUUUCUGAGCGAGGAGCAGAGGCAGGCUUGGGCUGAUUACUUCAAUAUAAAUAAUGUCUUUGCCGUAUUUUUCUCUGCAUUGGCAGCCGGCAAUGAGCUUGGUAAAGAGCUGGAAGAUUUGUCUGAAGAAGAGGAUGAAGAGGAAGAGUCUAGGGACAAUGUUUCUGGCGAGAGUUCGAAGCUAUUCGAGUUCGAAGCCCCUAUCGUGCCCGUCUCUCAAUGUGAUGAUGAAAUCUCUUUAGUUUCCAGUGAAGACGAGUACGAGAGUGCAAAUUCGUCUCUUGAUGUUUCAGAUUCUGAAGAAUUAAACAAAGAAAACUUAGCUGAGAUAUCGCUUAAUUGUUCACAAUCAAGCAUUGAAUCUGAAGCUUUAAAACCACCGACAAAUAAACAAUCAAACAACACCUCAGUGCCUUCAGCAACCAAUAGCAUAGCUGAGACUUUAGAUUCUGAUAAUGUGAAAUCGUUAACAAUUGGCAGCACACACAAGACUGCAGCUUCCUUCGUAACAACCAGCAAACUGCACAACAGAGAAGAGUUGAUUGCUGUGUUGGAACACGCAUCUCCUGCACCUCGUCUGCUGCAGCAGCACACCACCAUCGGCUUGGUCGGCUACCCAAACGUCGGCAAAAGCUCUACCAUCAACUGCCUGAUGCAGGGAAAACGCGUCACCGUCUCCGCAACUCCUGGCAAGACUAAGCAUUUCCAGACGCUGUUUUUGACCCCUGAACUGGUGCUGUGCGACUGCCCUGGUCUGGUGUUCCCAGGGUUCGUCAACACCCGUCAGGAGAUGAUCAUUUGGGGCAUCCUGCCCAUAGACGAGAUCAGGCGCGACUACCACAGCCCCGUGACACUCAUCUGCAGCACCCUGCCUCCUGCCUCCCUUGAGGCUGCCUACAGCAUUCCUCUCCCCGCCGGCGACUCCAGGGCGCCUACUGCAGAGGAGCUACUCACGUCCUACUCAGUGACACGCAGCUUCAUGUCGGCACGAGGUCGUCCUGACACAUCCCGCGCAGGCCGCGCCAUCCUCAAGGACUUCAUGAACGGCCGCCUCCUGUACUGCGUCGCGCCCCCCGGCCUCGACCAGCAGCGCUACCACACGUACACUGUACAGGCGAAAUGCAAGAAUCGUGUCAAGCUCACGCCCAUGCAGAAGAUGAUGAUGCCUGAGACAGCAGACGACCGGGACGCGGAGGUGCAGCAGGCGUUCGGUCUGCUGCAGCAGCAGCGGCCCGCGCCCGGCAAGCGUCCCCGCAAAACAAGGGUCAAGAAGCCCAAGGGAUACGUCGAGUACACCGAGGACGAGAACGGCCCCGUGAUGGUCAUCACCAAGCCAUGGAGGAACUUGGAGAAAAAGCAAAAAUCCGUCAAAAAAAAUCCCAACACGAAUAACCCAUAUGCUGAAUAUCUCUGGUGAUCUUCAGAGGUUUCCUCGCCUUCUAAGAUGCAUUAAACAUUACUACUUU